AUGUUCGCCCUUUCGGAAGAGUCCAAGGAGCGCAUUGGCAAGCUCAUCGACAUCUCGCGGGUCGUGGUUCACUAUGGCUACCUGCCUUUGAUCCUCUAUCUCGGCUACACCCGCAGUGUUCCCAAGCCUUCCGUCAUCCGCUCCUCUCCCCGCUCUCCUAAACGACCAAUAACGAAAUCAGAGUUAUGGGUAGAAAGUUUGGAUUGUACAUGUACUAUUGCUUACAAGCGAGCUUAUCUCUGGACGAACGAUGACGAGACGGCGCCCCGGAUGGGCAUAAAACGACUUACACCGGAGGAUCGAACAUAA